AUGAUUCGAUUAUACAUUCUUCUCUGGCUUCUACCAUGUCUCUUCCUUACCACCCCAUUCACCCAUGCGGCCCUUCUCCCUCGUCUCAAAGCUUCGUUCAGACUGCCAGGCGUAGUCUUCAGCGAACCAGUGGCUCGAUCUUUCAAGGUGGUGCCUUUCAAGGAGCUUCCUGGGGAAUCACACCAUGGUCAUGGACUUCGCCAAACUCUCGGCCUUGUGAAGAGAUUGGUUGAAGACCAGGGCGAUAUGGUUGAGGUUACCGAAGAAGCUCUUCAGGAACUUCUGGAUCAGAUAAACAAACUCCAUGAGCAGGUGAACAGCAUGAUGCCAUCUGGUGCCACGGACAAACAGCCUACUCAAGGGACAGGCACUUCGUCAGGAGGCCAGUCUGGCCAAUCCGACCAAUUACCUGCAGGUUCUUCUGAUGAGUUUACAGGUAGCGAACAGUCUGAUGAGCCUGUUCCCUCUGGCAAAGCCAGCGUUUCUAUACCAGGCGUUGCUUCGGAUCCAUCAGAAGCUCCUGUGGUUUCGGACCCUUCUCUACGCUCCCCGUUGCUGUCGCAGGCAGACGCCGCCACGAUUGUCGAGUCUCAGGCUCCUGGCGCUCCAGCUCAACUACAUGCAUCGCAGAUAGAUACUAGCAGGCAGGCAAAGACUGAUCUGGUGCAGCCCGCGGCAAAUCCUACCCAGGUGCUUCUGGAAAGGGGGACGUCGUGGAAUCAGGUGGCCGUCCCAAGAAUGCUGUUGCUCAACCGACUGGUGAAGUUCAGGCUUCGACGGGAGCACAACUCAGCACAGCACAAGAUGUCAAACCAACAGAGGAAGGAAAGGCCAAAGAUCCUCGUAUCUCCUCUGCCAAGCAGGCUCUUGAGGCUAGCAGUACUGCGCCUGGGGGGGCAUUUGUUGAGUAUCCCGAUGAUGUUGUCCAGACGGUCACGACCAGUGUCAGCUUUGGUGGGCAGACUAGUACCUCAGCAACGAAGGAGACCCAGAGGCCAUCUGGUGCCAAAGAUGACGAGUGUGUUGACGAAUAGGAUCGAAUCCGCGAGCGAGCCAGCACAAGAUACCACGAUAACUGUCGUCCUCGUACCUACUCCAGAAGCAAACCUUUCCAAGGCUUCUGCAACGGAAUCCGGGACACAGAUAACAGAAGACUCCCCUGCAACUGCCAAGGCUGAGGGAGCUGCUCCAGCUUUAGAGACAGAAGCCACCUCCACCCCGGACAUCAACGCUGGAGACUCUCAGCAGCUUGCAGCACCAACCCUACUCUCAAAUCCAUCUGCUGUUCCUAGACCUGAGCCGACAGCGUUGAGCCUUAGAACUCUUGUUUUCACAUCAGUCCUUACAAGGUCUUCAACCAUCCUAGCAACUACUGUACGCACGGAGUUUGUUAAUGCAAAUCAACCCACUGCAUCAUUGAAAGCCCCCGGCCAUGUUUUCAAAGAAGACGAAGAUACAGACACGAAUGCAGCGUUCAAUAAGGGUGGAAAGCUUGCUUUGGAGGAGAGUGUCAAUAAGGAAAGCACACCAGAAACUCUUAGAGGAACUCCUCUCGCGUUGGAGACAAAAGCCAUUCUGACUACAACAACGACCACCAUCAGUUUGAGCCAUGUUGAUGUCAUGACAACCCCUGAGCCCAGCCAAGAGGCUCGGUCUAUUUAUUCACCUUCAUCCCAUGAUGCUGGAGGCAUCAACGAGACGUUCCAUGCAACACCAAACAGUGGAUUCAGAACAAUCCCAAGGUCAUCAGCUAGUCUGGCGGAGAGAGCAUAG